AUGGUCAGGAGAACGCUGAGCCGCCUACCUGCGCUGCAUCCUUACUCGACUGGUGCAGCGACCGGAGCUCCGGAUGGGGAUAGGACCUUCAAGUUUACGCUCCGAGCAAGCCAGGAUUCGGUCGAAAGGCUUGCGCACCCCGAUGCUGAGCACGAGCUGAUCUCUUUGCUGGCCACCUUUGUAGCGCAGCUGGUCGGCUGCAACGCGGACGAGGUGCUUUUCAAACUAAAUGUUGAUGCUAGGCAAUCGUGCCUGGCGUCCGCAGAUGGUGUUGAGGAGCAAGUUGUGUACGGUGGAGAGAUGCCGCCCCCAGGUAUCGCAAUCAGCUUCACUACUGCGUUUGGCCGAGCCUCGUCCCCAACAUCGUCCGUCAAUGACGACGUGACCAUCGCAGUCGAAUGCAUCCAGGGGGACGGAAAAGGCACUGUCGAGGUGAAUAUUCGCUUCGCUCAAGCCGUGCCUGCUGAAGCGGCUCGGGGUAUCUGUGCUCACUUUUGCCGUCAAGUCCUCAAUUCGGCCAUGCCCGAAUCAGAGAUACCUCUUUCGGUCCUGAACUCGGUUGCAAUCACCAAUGUCACAAGGGACACGAGACUUCACCAAUCGUUUUUGGAGCAAGCACGUCGAUUCCCUGAACGGAUCGCCGUCCAAUUCCUCGAGAAUCUCGAUCAAGACGGUUCGGCCAACUUCAAGACCCUCACGUAUGCUGAAUUACGAGAUGCGGCCUUCGUGCUCGCAAACAAGCUCCGCAAAGCACAAGCAAAGAGCAAGAAGCAGGGUUCUAUGCAAAUUGUCGUGCCAAUGAUUAUGAGCGCCUCGCUCGAGCUGUACGUUUCCUACAUUGCGAUCCUGGUAGCCGGAUUUGCCUUUUGCCCGCUGCCAGCCGACGCACCCCACGUUCGACUUGCGCUGUUGCUUGAGCAGCUCGACACAGCUGUGCUGCUAGGAGACAAGGAUUCAGACCCACCGCAGUGGAUGUCCCCAUCUGUAGAGUGGAUCAAUGUCACCGACACGUUGGCAGAAGUCGAGCAUGGAGACAAGGUUCCCACCUCCCAGGACAUCGGGCUCGACAAGCACGAACAAGAAUGUGCGUACGUGCUCUUCACGAGCGGCACCACGGGUACGCCCAAAGGUGUCCAGAUCUCGCACUACUCUGCAAGCGUAUCGAUCGCAGCGCAUGCAGACCACCUCCACCCAACGCUUCUACAACGUGGUUCUGCGACCUCGUCUUCGACCUUCAAGUGGUUCCAAUUUGCAUCCACCGUGUUCGACCCUUCGGUCAUGGAGAUUUUUGUCACGCUCUCCGUUGGCGGCACGCUAUGUUCCGCUCCUCGUGCUCUCACGCUCUCCGAUCUUGAGACCGUCGUGCGCAUCAGCGGCGCUGACAUCAUGAUGGCGACACCAAGUGUCGCCACCCUGCUGCGCCCGCACCAAGUGCCGAACCUGCGUUUCUUGUGGACAAUGGGCGAAAGCCUGAACGCCACCGUCAUCCGAAACUUUGCCGCCGAUGAUGCACGCACCUGCUUGGCCAACGCGUACGGGCCCACAGAAGCGAGCGUCAACUGCACGCUCCUGCAGCCAUUCCCAGCCGACUACCGCGGAUCCAUCAUUGGAAUGCCCAUGUCGUCCUGCUCGUUGGCCAUUGUCCACGACUAUCGCAAUCCAGGCAGCGCAGCUACGCAGCUCGAGACAGUCCCUCAGGGCGUGACGGGCGAGCUUGUCAUCGGGGGUCCACAUGUCGGCAUGGGCUACCUCAACAUGCCAGCAGCAACCGAAGAUGCCUUUACGACCUUGCCGCCGCUUGGGCGCGUGUAUCGAACCCAGGAUCGAGCCAGGCUGGUUUGGGAUCUUGAUGGACGUCCUCUGAUCGAGAUCUUGGGCCGGAUGAACGCGGAGCAGGUUAAGCUAAGCGGCAGAAGAGUCGAACUUGGCGAAGUGGACUCCGUGCUCCAGUCGAGUGAACUCAUUCGGAACGCGGCCAAUGUCGUUUGGCGACCGCCGACGUCGCACGGCCAAAUCAGUGGAAGCGAGCGACUCGUAUGCUGUAUCGUGCUUGCCGGGGCUUCCAUCAGCGGCAAAGACGCAGAGGCUGACUGCAGAGCCGUUGCGGAGGCGCAGCUUCCUCCUCAUAUGCGUCCUUGGAAGUAUAUCGUACAAUCCAACCUACCUGUCACGAUCUCUGGCAAGUCGGAUCGGAAACGUCUUGCUCAGCUCGUUUCCGAGCUCUUGUCAUCAUCCACCGGCAAUGAUGGCGGCAUCAUCAGCCCUCAGCACCAAGAAGCCAGUCUUACCGACGAUCUGACUUCACAAGCAGUGGUGCAAGCUAUCAAGACAGUAUGCCAGCUUGAGGCGAGCUCCAUCUCGAUGUCCGCCGACCUUUUCGAGCUCGGAAUGGACAGUCUUGCCGCAAUGCGCCUUCUGCAGCUACUCAGACGCGACGAGACCACCGCUUGCGCUGCCGGGGGACUAGAUGUAGCACAAGUCUUGAGAGCUAGAUCCUGCGCGGAUCUCGCUCGCUUGAUCUCGGGUGCCACCAACCCCAAUGAUGCCGACGAUCACGGCAAAUACAAAAGUUCGAUGGCUCAGCGCGAACAAGAUUGGAGCAAAGCACUCGAAUGCUUCAGAGACCGUUGCCAUGGUGCGGUCUUAUCGGCUCUUUCAAGCGAGGAUACGAGAUUACGAGUGCAGAGUACCCUACCGACUACAGCAACGCAGUCCGGCAUGCUCACGAGCUUCCUCACUCGAGCUGAAUCCUCUGACCUCAAGAGACCGUACAUCAAUCACACGGUGUACCACAUGGCAUCGUCAUUGGAUGCUCGCAGGCUCUACGAUGCUCUUCGACAGGCGCUUCAAAGGCACGACAUCUACAGGACCGUGUUUGUGCCGAUCGACGAUCAGCUUUCCCCCUUUGCACAGUGCAUCCUCUCACCUGGUCCCGACUACGGCAACGUCAGCACGUGUUCCUCAGCCACAACUCUGACCGCGUGUUUGGAGGAGCACCUAACAAGGGUUGAAGGCAGCAUCAGUCUCGAUCAGCCCCCUUGGCAUCUCGGUCUUUUGCUUCCCGCAAGGGAUACCGAUGAUGGCGAAUGCUUGGUGGUACUUAGCAUGAUGCACGCCAUCUUUGACGGAGGAAGCCUUGACCUUCUCCAACAGGAGGCUACCGACAUGCUGCACGAAGAUUCCUGCAGCUCAUCUACCACUUCUUGUCGCACUCAGCUCGAGAAUGCGGUGAAGCAUCACUACACGAGCGAUCUGGAAGGAUCUCGUCGUUUCUGGAAGGAAAAGCUGGAUGGUGUCGGCAGGACGCGGUUUCCGUGCGUCAAUGGCCACAAGUCGGCGAUCCAGGCUGGUCUUUCAAAGAGCAGUGAUGUGAUCGAAAUGCUUUCGAGGUCGUCUAUGGACGCCGUCUCCAGACAAGCACGAUGCCAGCGCACGACGGUGCUGGCGCUGUUGCAGACCGCGUGGAACCUCCUUCUCGCAGCCUACGCUGAAGAUGAGGACAUCGAAUACUUGGUCAGCGGUAGUGUUCAGUCCGGACGCCUUGACGAGGAGACACGCUUCUGCAUGGCCCCCACUUUCAACGUAAUCCCCUUCAUCACCGAACUCGGAAACAAACAAGGCGGGUGCAAGGACAAGAGAGUCGCACAGCUGCUUGCGGAAGCGACGGAAGCGAGCACGGCUGCAUUGGACCAUCUCGAGAUUCCGCUCGGUGCACUGGCAACCUCUGGAUUCAUGCCUUUCGAUACCUUGUUUGCAGUACAGCGAUUCGACGGCUCAGAGUCGUGCGAUCAACGACAACAAGCUCCUGUAGCUUCGCCUUGGAAUUCGAUCUCUUAUCCGGUGAUGGCGAACGAUUUCGCUGUCAUGGUGGAAAUAUGGCCGGCUUCCCCAGCAGAGGGAGAGUUGCGACUGCGCCUGACAUAUUCCCAAUCCGUGCUAGAUGGUCCUUCUGCUCAGCUGCUACUGCACCAGUACGACGACAUACUGCAUCGCCUGAUGCAGGAUCCCGACUCUACGUCCGUCGAACAAGUGAUCAAUGGCGAAGGCUUGCGACGAUCUGCCAUCUCCAGCUCUUGCGGUACCGAGAGUACCAAAUACGGUGCCGAGAUGACCUUGCUUCACUCCCAGUUCGAGGGCAAAGCUUUCACAAAUCCCAGUGCCAUAGCUCUCGAAUUCUUCUCAAGCUUGGAUGCUAGCGAUGCCGACUCGGCCACGCUGCAGCGCUGGACGUAUGGCGAGCUGAAUGCGCGAGCGAACCGUCUCGCCCGUCUCUUGUUGUCGAUCACCGGCAAACAGACGCUACGAGAUCAGCCCAUCCCUAUCUGCAUGGAACGAUGUGCAGAGCUAUACGUGGCGGUCCUCGCGAUCCUCAAAGCCGGCGGAGCUUGGUGUCCGAUCGAUGUGCAGUCGCCACGGGCAAGACAGCUGGAACUCAUCGCUAGGACACGGAGCAGCAUCAUCUUGAUCACCCCGGCCACUUCAGCCAGGCUUGGCGUCAUUCAAGCGGAAAGGCAGGCCGAGCUGGUUCAUGUCGAUGUCUGCGACCCUUGUCGAUCGAGCCACUUGUCCUCAGACAAUCUUCACCCCACAGCUACGCCGGACAGCCUUGCCUACCUGAUCUGGACGAGUGGCACCACAGGGGCACCAAAGGGAGUCAUGAUCGAGCACUGUGCUGUUGUGACGAGCAUGCGAGCUCUGCAAUACCACGUACGGCCGCCGCAUCAAGACAAGCCCCCACGUUGCCUUCAAGUCUCGGCAUAUACAUUUGACGUGUUCGUUCAGGAUCUGUUCUGGACAUGGGGGCUUGGCGGAACCGUCGUCACAUCCACGCGUGAACUUAUGCUGGGUUCGACAGCAGAACUCGUCAUGGCAUCGCAGGCGAAUCAUGCACACCUGACACCUGCCUUUGCAGCGGGCCUGCCACGUGCCUCGUGCCCGAGCCUCACCUCGGUGACUUUCAUUGGAGAGAAGCUUACGGAAUCUGUAGCAGCCGACUGGGCCGGAUGUCACGAGCAUGAUGGAAGACAACUGGCACCACCUGAAGUGUACAACACCUACGGACCAGCAGAGGUGACGGUGGUUGCUGCGCUCCGUCGACUGGAUGCUCACGAUAAACUUCAGAGCGCCAACGUGGGUGCGCCGAUGCAAAGUGUGUCUGUCUUCGUCUGCAGAAAUCGAGACCAGCCAUUGCGGCCUUGCGGCAAGGGAACAGUCGGCGAGCUGGUGCUUGCAGGUCCACAGGUGGGUCGCGGCUACCUCGACGAUCAGCAGAAGACCGAGGCUGCGUUCAAGUUCUGCCCAGAAUUGCAGCAGCGCCUCUACUACACAGGUGACUACGUGCGAAUGCUCCACGAUGGCAGCAUCGAGUUCAUCGGCAGACGUGACGAUCUCGUCAAGCUUGGCGGCAUUCGUGUCGAGCUCAGCGAGAUUUCAGCCGCUCUCAUCUCCGUGCAAGAGGGGCGAGCAGGAGGGGUGGCGGAGCGAGCCGAGACAAUGAUGCUGAGCCGUCCUGAUCGUCCUUCGAAGCAAGUGAUCAGCUUCCUGGCUUGCCCUGACCUCGCUGCGGCUGUUGAGUCAAGGAAGGGCGAAGGUGAUGCAAAAAGCCUCCUCUUGACAAGUACAGCGGCGUUGGAGCUGGCGCAGAGCACAUUGCAACACGUUGGCGACGUCCUACCGCCGUACAUGGUGCCAUCGAUGGUGCUCGUACUUUCCCGCAUCCCGCAGACCGCCUCGGCUAAGAUCGACCGGGCUCAGCUCCAGGCCGCUUAUGCCUCUGCUGAUCUUUCCUCGCGAGCCCUGUCGUUCUCCUCCCUGGUCAGCCCGCCGACGUCAACCGAGGAACAGGACGAGGCGUUUGUUUCACUAGAGCGGCGGAUCAUCACUUCAAUCAGUGAGGUCACGGGCACUGCAACACCAGACAUCAGCAAAGCAAGUUCACUGGCAAGCAUUGGGCUUGACUCAAUUCGAGUCAUUCGUCUGGCUGCCAAGCUCAAGCAGGGUGGGAUACCGGUUCAGAUCUCAACGCUGCUAGCCUGCUCUAUGGUGCACACGCUCGUCAAAGAGGUGCGCCGUUCCUCUACACGAAAGGGCGCACAGAUGCGAGAGGAUACACGGUCUCAGCUGCUCUCUGCCGAGAUGAGCGAGUUCGACAUCAGCGUCCGCAAGGUGUUGCCGUCGCGCCUCCAAGAUGGUCUAGAGAUCAUCCUGCCGUGCAGCGGUCUACAGGAAGGCAUGUUGACAGAAACCCUGUCAGAUCCUCUGGCCUACUGGAGCGAUCACCUUGUACGCCUCGAUGCCAAAGUCGAUCUCGGACGCUUUGCACAUGCCUGGGAAAGGACGGUCAACAGCAUCGACAUGCUGCGCACUGUCUUUGCCAUCGUAUCUCAGACAGACGAUCUCGAGGAGCCGGUGCGCUUCGAUGGCGAGAUCGAUGUUUUCGCGCUGCAGCUGCUGUACAGGCACGCAGACACAUCGUGUUUCGACUUCGAUCCUUCGGACGCUCUCUCAUCCGAGGAGGAGAUCCAUUGGGCUGUGUCAGAAUGGAGACGUUCCGUCGCAAUGGAUCGUGUUGGCGUCUCCCUGGCCAAGCGCCCCUUGUGGGCAGUCAAGACUUUUACGAUUGACAAAAUCGCGUAUUCGGCAUUGUGUAUUCACCAUGCCUUGUACGACGGAUCUUCAAUCAAGGCCAUUUGGGAUCGCGUUCACGCCGAGUACGAUGCACUUGGGUCAGGUCAGAGAGACGCUCUCCCGCCUCUCACGUCACUGCCAGCCCAAUGCAAGUACGCGUUCGCAUGCACCGCAGAAGAGCGAAGCGGAAGCUUACACCACUGGGAGACGCAGCUGGGAGCUCGCGGUCCGGCGACGCUGCUCCCCGAUCUUACCAGUGUCAAAGUCUCUUCGGACGAGAAGGUAGCAGCUCAAUUCGUGGCUGCCAGACGUUCGUUCCGGUACAAAACUUCUCGACCUCUCGCCGUAGGUGUUUCCACACUCAUCAAGACGGCAUUAGCGAUGGUGCUGGGUCAGUACGCCGAGACCGAGGAUUCGUGUCACAUCGUCCUCGGAGAGGUCCUAUCUCUGCGACACCUGCAUACUAGUCUUUCGACCGAAAGGGGGGCUGUAGGCCCGCUUCUUACGACGCUCCCUUUCUCGUUGCUGCUCACUGCGGCUUCAAAGCACGAGUCAAUAGUAUCGAUCUGCGAACGCGGAGCCAUCGUUCACCCCUCGAUCAAGCACCGAUUCGCCCCUCUCGGAGCUCUGGCCAGAAUCAUGGGCACACGACAGGAUCAAGAGAUGUUCACUGCCAUGUAUGUCUACCAUCAGUUCCGGCAUCCGGACGGAUCUGUACAGAAGGGGUCACCACAAGAAGAGCAGAGGUGGGCUCUGCUGGAGGAAAGAGAGUCAGAUAUCCGCGUCGAGCACAGCACGGUCCUCAAUGUGCACGAGCAAGGCGAAACGGACGACGAUGGCUUGCUACUGGAACUCUCGAUGAAGGAGGAUAGAGUCUCGAACGAGAUGCUCGGGGUGUUGCUGGAGCAAGUUGUUUCUCUUCUCGACUUGAUGAUCAGCAAUCCCGAAGAGACAGCUCACAGCUUGUUAGUGAAGGUCGGAGAGAGCAGCGGUCGCCUGUCUGCGGUCCAUUCCGUAUCUCGAGGCACCUAUUCAGGGGGCAACGAGGGCACCGUGUACCGAGGUUACGAUCCUCUACAUUGGCUUGCUCAUCAUUCCAAGCAUCAUCCAACGUGGCCUGCGGUCAUCAUCGCCACUGGAAAGUCCGAGACUGGCUCCAUCAACGAGGCAACCUUGUCGGCGUAUACAUACGCCGAGCUGAACGCCAAAUCCGACCAGGUGUCGGUUUUGAUCCGCUCGCUCGAUCUGCCAGCGAAAGGACCCAUCGCACUCUGUAUGCGCCGGUCCCUGAUCUCAUUCGCGGUUACCGUUGCCAUCUUCAAAUGCGGGCGAACCUACCUCCCAAUCGACGAUCAGCUACCAGCCGAACGCAAACGUCUGCUCAUCACCGACAGCAGCUGUGCUUUGGUCGUGACCGAAGGACACUGCCUUGGCGAUGCCCAAGACGAUUGUAAGUGCUUGGUACUGAACACCAGCGACGAAGAUUUCGAACAGCGUCUGGCCGUCGCCCAAGAAAAGGGCACAACGACCAAAGAUACGUCUGCGGGUGAUGCAGCGUACCUGCUCUAUACUUCCGGCUCCACUGGCAAGCCAAAGGGGGUGCUAGUGGGGCGGGCGAACCUCUGCUCCUUUGUCGAGGCCUACGCCGAAGUCGUCUGUGCCGAGUGUCCUUCUUCGCUACGACUGGGAGGUACAGGACGCUAUCUGGGCUUGGCAGGCAGAGCAUUCGAUGUUCAUCUAUCGCAGAUGUUCAUGUCGUGGCGAUUUGGAAUGGCCCUUGCAACGGGUGAAAGGUCGCUUCUUCUCGGCGACCUCAAGGCUACGAUCCAGAGACUGUCCAUCACACACAUGAGCUGUGUGCCCUCGCUGCUGGACCACUGCGACCUCGUUGCGGAAGAGGUGCCCUCGCUCGUCUUCCUCGGCGUUGGCGGUGAGAGGCUGACGGACCGUGUUCGAGACACACUCGCCAGCAAGCUCACUGUGCUCAACGCAUACGGACCUACGGAGACGACCAUCAUGUGUACAGUCAAUCGAGUGCACGCCGACAGCCAUGUGCGCGACAUUGGACACAUUCUUCCCGGAAACACGGCCCUCGUCCUCGACUUCGACGACCGGGAUCAGCCCUCUCCUAUUCUACGCGGUCGAGCGGGAGAGCUGUGCAUCCGCGGUGACCUGGUUGCCCUGGGCUACCAUGCUCUCGCUCCCUCUCAACGCGCCUCGAGCGGGUUUGUGACUCUUCCGGACGGUACUCGAAUGUACCGCACGGGCGAUUCGGUGCGAAUGAUGGCAGACGGGCGCCUACACUACCUUGGCCGACGUGACGAGCAGGAAAAGAUCCGCGGCCAGCGGCUCGAGCUUGGCGAGGUCUCGCAAUGCGUCAUUGCCGGUGCGGACGAAGAAGUUCAUGCUACAACGCUGAUCUUGCAGCAUCAGCGUCUUGCGAAACCGCUCCUCAUCACACUGAUUGCACCCAAGUCCACCUCUUCUGCUACACGGAGGCGCGAUUCGCUGCCAUGCUUCCUUGAUGCAGCCUCCGAGAUGGUCCGGGUAGCUCAACGUGCGCAUCUGUACUGCAAGCAGCAUCUGCCAAGCUACAUGGUGCCUGAUCUGGUGGUGGCAGUAUCGCAUCUCACACAAUUGGCCGCUUCUGGCAAGACGGACACGCGCGGACUCAAGGCAUGGCUCGCAUCCACAGACCCAGCGCAGCUUUUCCAGCUGCAGGAGAAGGCGAAUACGAACGCGAGCUUUAACGAAGGCCUUCAAGUCGAUGCGGAGCGCGAGCUUACUGUCUUGGAAGCUAAGGUUGCGCGUGCUGUUGGUCAGAUCCUUCCACGGUGCCCAAUUAAGCUUCGCCCAGCUACUUCGAUCUUUGAUCUUGGUAUCGACAGUAUCAGCGUCAUUCGACUGGCCAGUCAGCUGCGCAAGUGCGGGCUGAUAGUGCCAAUAGCUCAGCUUCGCAUGCGACCACGGAUCCACCAGAUCGCUUCUAUGGCUUCAGCAUUCCCCAAAGGCAAUGGUGAGACGUCCGAUCUCGACAUCGACCUCUCCGUCGGAAGCGAUGCGCUUGAAGCCUUUGGAGCGCGUCAUCGAGAGCGCCUCCAGGCGACGCGCGCGGAUAUGCUAGAGGAUGUACUGCCUUGUCUGCCCUCGCAGGAAGGCAUGAUUGCGCUUUCUCUGAGCGCUAGCAGCACCAAAACUGUGUAUGUUGCGCGCAUGAGGAUCAGCUUGGACAUUGGACGCUUACCGCAGGAGCGCUGUCCAUCAGAAGAGACGCUCCGACGUGCUUGGCUGCGUCUUGCUCAGCGGCACAGCAUCUUGCGCACGUGCUUUGACCAUGUCGAUGAUGGCACGAUCGCACAAGUAGUGUUGCAGCACGUCGAUAUCGAGCGACAUUUGGUACACCCAAGUCCGGGCGAGCGGGAGCCAGCUACGCCCCUUGCGAUCUUGCGUGACAUCUCUGCUGUUCCUCCGUGGCGGAUCGAGUUCGAAAAGGAUUCAUCCGCAGGAGCAGCGUUUGUCCUGUUCAUGCAUCACGCUCUGUACGACGGUCACUCGCUCGCUCUUCUGCUCGGAGACUUGACCACCCUGUUGCAAGAGGAGGAUGACCAGUGCCUCAAAAGCGAGGGUCCUAGGAUGCAGAACCUGAUCGAGUCCAUCCUGGCCGUCCCUGCUCAACAGGCUCAGAUUUUCUGGUGCAGCGCUUUUGUCGACUACCCUGUCAACGAGCCGAGCGUGUGGGACCGCUUCGAUCGAGUGUCAGCGCCCACAAGUGGCUCGAGCUCGGUUCGCUGCAAAGCCUCGCUGCAGCUGAAGCCUCUCGAAGCUGCCGCGCAAAAGCUGCAAGUUACGCUGUCUUCGCUGUUAGCGGCAGCUCUCGGCAUAGCAUUGAGCCGUUCGCUCGGCACUCCGGCAUUCACGCUAGGCCACGUGCUCUGGGGCCGGUCGCUGGAUCUUGCGUCUGCGGAACAGAUCGUCGCUCCGUGCCUGACGACAGUCCCCAUGCCCUUCUCUCUCUGCGCUGCUCGUGGCGCAGAGGACCUUGCUGACAUUGUUCGAGCAUGCUACGAAUGGAACAGCUCCUGCCUAGCUUUCCAGCAUACGUCGAUGCGUCAGAUUCGCAAAUGGAUUGGAUCGGAACGGCAGGGGUCCAUCGUGGAUCUCCUGUUCAGCUUUAUACAGUCGGACACGGAUUCGAAGGCAAGAAGAUGGCACUUGGAUCAGAUCGACGCAGACACCGAUGCGCCUGCUGCCGUCGAAGUCACGGUCGAUGCUGCUAUCGACGAGCUGCGUAUCUCGGCAAUGGUCAAGCAUGUCCUGCCCCAGGGCGGACUCGAAGCGAUGGUCGAGACGCUCUGCUUGCUUCUCAACAAGAUUGCUUCAGGUGCAGGUGCCAGAAUGAGUCUCGAGGCAGCAGGGGUGCCGAAGCUGUCCUCUGCAUCCAUCGGGAUGCCAUACCGGAACGGCGCAUCGAAGCUCGCAAUGCGUCCGAUGACCGAGGUCGAGGAGAAGAUUCGGAACCUAGCUGUGGACAUGUGCGGCGCGCCGUCAGCAGAUUUGCUCCAGCUAGACACGCCCUUUUUGCGCAUUGGCCUCGAUUCGAUCGUGGCUUUGCGCUUCUCGGCACGUUUGAGGAGCGAAUGCAAGCUGCAGCUGAGUGCUCACGAUGUCCUGACGUCAGGUUCUGUCGCAGGUCUAUCGCAGCUACUCGAUCAAAGAAGAAGCAGGACCAACGCAAGCGACACGGCCUUGCCCUCUCCAACAGACGCUACUUCACGCUACGAAGCUACGCCGUUGCAAGCCGGUAUGCUGAACGGCACGAUCGCCUCGCCAAACCACGACCUGUACGUUCAUCACCACGCUGUUCUGCUGAACGAGGCGAUGGACUACGAUCGACUGCAGCGGGCUCUGCAGCGCCUGGUAGCAGCUCACGAUAUUUUGCGGACAGCCUUCCACCUCGAAGAACUGGCCGCUGGUCAGAAGCUCGCCGAACCGGGGCUGUUGUCGUGGAUUGCCGAGGUGACGCCCUUUGACAAGCUGUCUCCACGUCCUCAGCUGUCCCAUCGCCACAGCAACAACGCCCCAUCGAAAGUACUGCGGGAGUACGGUGCAGACUUCCGCUUCGAUCGUGCGGAACGGUUCAAUGUCAGCCCAUGGCAAGCUGCUGUGCUCCAUUGUGCAUCACAGGAAGAUGUUCUUGUCAUCUCGAUGCACCACAGCCUGUACGAUGGCGUCUCCCUACCGUCGCUGUUUGCAGACAUGAAAAAGGUGUACCGCGACGAGACAGCCGAACUGAUGGUGCGCCAACCCUUCUCUUUGGCGGCAGACCUGAUUCGUUCCACCGCACAAGAGUCGAAGCAGUACUGGCAGCAGACGCUCACCAGCUUCGAUCGACCGAGUUUGCUCGUUCAGGGGUCCGCACAGGUAGAAGCACUGGCUACAGCUCCGUAUCGGCUGGACGAAGUACGACUUCCCAUCACGGCGACCGAGUUGAAGCAAAGGAGCGCCGAGCUGGGAACGGCACCGCAGGCAGUGGCGUUGCUUGGAUGGGCCAAAGUCCUGGCCGUCUGUUCGGGCCAGCGCGAUGUUUGCUUCGGUCAGGUCGUGUCAGGUCGCUAUCUCACUCUGCCGGGGAUCGAAGACAUCAGUGGACCGCUCAUCAACACAGUGCCGAUCCGGGUGCGUUUGGAGGACGAUCUCUCCUCGAACGCUGCAGCGGCUCGAGAUCUGCACAAACGCGUUCUUGCUGCGCAACCUUUCCAGCAUGCGUCGUUGGGAAGCAUCCAGAAUGCUUGGAAGCGAGAGCAUGCCGCCUACAGGACACUGUUUGAUAGUCUGUUCGUUUUUCACAACGUCUCGGGCAAGUCGCAGGCCGCGCUCGACGGCACUGCGGAGCUGUGGACUGGAAUCCAGGCGUCCGAAGGCUCGCCUGCGAUGACAGAGGGUGAAGUCAAGACAGCCUCAACAUCAACUUCCGAAUAUCCCGUCAACAUUUCCGUCAUCCAGGACGACCGAGGGAUCGUCAUCAAAGCGGGAGCCAGCGAUGCUGUUGGCGGUGCUGGCUGGCUUGCCACGACGCUGCAAAUGUUUGCCGAGGUGCUUUCGGACCUUUUGCACCGGCCUCAUCGACCUGUAGGGGCUUUCCCAGAAGCUUUGGCAGCACUUCCUCUGGCGACACCUGCGGAUGGACGGGCGCAAGAGGCCGACAAUCGUAUGGAAGUCGGCGAUGGGCGUCGCAGAUUGACCAGCGAAGAGCAGAAGAUCGUGCUGCGUCAUUUUGCAAGGCGCCUGAACGCGGAAGAGGGUGCGAUUGUGGCCUGCCCGAACCUUUUCUUGCUUGGCAUCGACUCGCUGCUAGCCAUUUGCAUUUCUGCAGAUGCUCGCAGCGAGGGCGUGUCUCUGACGCCAUACGAGGUUCUCUCAGCCGGAACGUUUGCCAGACUGACCGUACUUUCAAACACGGCGGAAGAGAGCAGCGCAAGCGAAUCAACACGGCCCGCAAAACAAGAGUCAGUAGAACUGGUGAGCAGCGAGGUCAAGCAGGAAGCAGCUGUGCUCCUCAAUGUAGCAGCAAGCGAAAUCGAGGCGGUACUACCUGUCUUGACCGGGCAAAAGCAGCACAUCAAUCUCUGGCUGCAACGGGGUCGAAGAUUCCUGGAGCCUACAUUUGUGUACGCCACGGAGCACAAGCUCGACGCGCCCAGGCUCGCGUCUGCCUGGCGCGAGCUGUGUCGACGCAACGCAGCUCUUCGCACCGCCUUUGUGCGCUCCAAGGCGAAUAGGACGGUCGUGCAGGUGGUGUUCAAGGAAGCCUGUACGGUGUUGCGUCACCACGAGCGCUCCAAGCUGGCACUGGUUGACGGCGGUGACGAUGUGGAUUCAGCGGCGUUUGAAGCCGUUAAGAGGCUCAAUGCGUCUCCCAGCGAUCUUUCACGGCCAUCGGUGCGGCUGACGUUAGUACAGGGAAAGCAGAAGGACCUUGUCUUGCUCACCGUCCAUCAUACAAGCUACGAUGCUUGGAGCAUACGCUUGAUGGCGUACGAGCUGACACAGCUCUACCGCAACAUCGAGAAAGACGGCAUGAGGUUCAUACCGGAUCCUGUCAGCUGGAUCCGCUUCGUCGAGCAGGCGUCGGGGGAUGCACUUCGAUCCCAGGUCGCAAACAAGGCGCUUUGGGACAGGAUCUUGUGCGGCGCUUCACCAACGCUGGUCUGCAGAGGAGUACAGCAGUCGAUCGAACAGACCAUGCAUGUUCGGAAAGCUGCCUUGAAAGAAGCAGACGUCUUGGAUGCUAGGUGUCGAACGCAAGGUGUCGGGCUGCAAGAGGUGGUCAUCUUGGCGUACGCACGUCUCCUUUCGUCCCUCGCCGGGAAUCGCCCGCUGGACUCACCAACGUUUGGCUUCUACACAGCAGGAAGGUCGAGUGCGUUCGACGGCCUUGGGGCGCUGGUGGGGCCAACGACGGCCAUGCAGCCAAUGACGGUGGCUGUGGGAGCUCAAGGUAGCGGGGACCUGCUCGGACAACUCAGGAGGAUCCAGAGACAGCUCGUGCAGCGAUCAAACCAUCAACAGGAUGACGUGGUCUGCCCGGUGGCCUUCGAUGCACACCUCAACCUGCUGUGGCACAAGCCAAACAUCGGGACCAAAGAUGAUGGCGAAGUCGGAGAGAAGAAGGCGCUGCUUAAACCACACCGGCUGCCCCACGACAGUGGCUACUUUACGCGCCAUCCUCUGAUGCACGGCAAGACCAGUGUGGACUACGACCCCUCGGACGCUGCAGUCCCGUCGGAGGGCACAGCGCAGCUUUACAUGGACGUUGGCCUGGAUGCAAAGACCGGCGCGCUCUCAUUGGGAGCGCGCUGUGAUCGAUCCGCCAUGGAGACACAACGCCUCGAGGAGAUUUGCGAUGCAUUCGUCGUCGAGCUGGAGCAGUUGUGUGCCAGCUUCUGA